AUGCACCGUGUGAUCUGAAUCCUUUUGCCCAUCUGGCCGUCGACAGUCCCCCUCCCUCUUUCCUUCCGCUGGCGACCCACGCGCCGGCCGGCCGCCUCCCGCCCUCCUCUUCUUCUCGGCCGGCAGUUGGAGUGGCCGCACGCCCACCACCCGCACCGGCACGCCGCGCGCCCGCGCCCGCUCCGGACGGCCCGAGGCUCUUCCUCCUCGGCUUCUCGGCGGUUGGAGCCGCACCGCCCGCACGCGGCACGCCCACGCUGGCACGCCGCGCUCGACGCCCUAGAGCACUGUCUGGACCCCUAGUUUUGGCUAGGUAGCAAUGGGUAGACAGCAGAUGAUGCAGUCGUGCUUUUAAAGCAAUUUUUGAUCCUAGCAUUGGUGGAAUAUGUGAAUCGAAGGCAUAAUUUUCUUUCUCGGUUGUUCCCUUUUUUACAUACUGGAAGUUUCUCCAGUUAGUAUGCAGUCUGGUUCAAAGUUCGUUAAGAUUAUAGUGCCGGCUAGGAGGCUAUCAGGAUCUAUCAGUGGCACAACUGUGGGUUCUAGUAAGAAGGUAUGCGGUGCUGAAAAGCUUGCUCUGCUGGUCCAAAGCUGUGCAGAUGUUCGGUCUCUAAAGAAGCUGCAUGCUCGUGUUUUGGCACACGGGCUUGGCUGGGAUGUGAUCCUUGGGUCUAAGAUUCUUGGCUUGUAUGCACAUUUAGGUGCCUUGCCCGAUUCAAGGCUUGUUUUUCAGAGUAUUGUGAAUGGUGAUCUUGCCCUAUGGAAUUCUGCCAUGGUUGAUUAUUUCCGAGCUGGUUACGUGGAGGAAGUUAUUCUUUUGUACAGGAGGCUGAAGUUGCAUCAGUUUUGUUUGAAUGAGAAAACUAUUACAUUUGGUUUGAAGAGCUGCACUCAGCUCAGGAAUUUGUUAUUGGGCAAAGGAAUGCAUGCAGAUUCACUGAAGCUUGGCCUGAGUGGGGAUAAAUUUGUCGGUUCCUCGCUGGUUGGGUUAUACUCCAAGCUUGGCAAGAUUGAUGAUUCACAGCGAGUGUUUGAAGAGAUCUUUGAUAAGGAUAUUGUUGCUUACACUUCAAUGAUCUCUGCCUAUUCUGAUGUAGUGGAUUCAUCUGCAUGGAAUGCAUUCAAAAUUGCCAGUGAAAUGAUAAGGAAUAACUUGGAAGUAAACCGUGUGACACUAGUAAGCUUAUUGCAAGUUGCUGGGAAUUUGGAAGCCUUCCGACUGGGUAAAUCAAUGCACUGCUAUGCCAUAAGGAGAGGCAUUGGCGUCUCAGAUGAAGUCCUAGAGACAAGCCUUGUUGACAUGUAUGCUCGAUGUGGAGCUUAUCAAUUAGCAUAUGCUCUUUUGAACAAUUCAAAGGGAACCGUGGCUUCGUGGAACGCUGUGCUUUCUGGUCUUACUAGAACUCAAGAGAGUAGGGAUGCAAUCCAGUAUUUUUCUGUUAUGCUGCAUCAUCAUAAAGUAACUCCAGAUUCAGUAACCUUUGCAAAUGUGCUUUCUGCUUGUACUGAAUUAUGCUAUUGUGGCUAUGCUGCUAGUAUCCAUGCCUACUUGAUCAGAAGAACUAUAGCUGUGGAUCUUGUUUUGGCCACUGCUCUUAUCGAGGUGUACUCCAAGUGCAAAAGAGUUGUGAGAUCCAGGCAUCUCUUUGAUCAACUGACGGUUAAAGAUGCAGUCUCCUAUAACGUGAUGAUACAUGGUUAUCUGCAAAACGGCCUGGCAGAUGAAGCCACCACAUUACUCAAUGACAUGAUGAAAGAAUGUAUUGCACCAAAUUCUGCAACUGUUGUUUGCCUGCUCACAGCUUUUGCUGAUCAAAGGGAUUUAAUAAGAGGAAGGUGGAUUCACGGAUUUGCAAUUAGACAUGGCUUUUCUUCAGAUGCGGACAUUGCAAAUCAAAUUCUGCAUAUGUAUUCAAUUUGCAGAGAAAUUGUCGCAACAAAGAUUGUAUUUGACUCAUUGGAAAAGAAAAACUUGUUUUCAUGGACAGCCAUGAUGAAGGGGUACUUAUCUUUUGGGCGUGCAGAUGAGGUUGUUCGAUUAUGUCACUUAAUGCAGCAACACGGGGAGAAGCCCGAUUCUGUCACUCUUAUGUAUGCAGUUCAGGCUGUUUCUGAGCUUGGACAUCUGAAGGGUGUAAAAGAAAUUCAAUGCUUUGUUUACCAUGCCUCCAUGGAGAAAGAUACGAUUACCGCAAAUUCUUUGAUAACUGCAUAUGCUAAAUGUGGAAGGUUGGAUUUGUCAGAAGCUCUUUUCUUCAGUAUGGAACACAAAAACCUGGAUUCAUGGAAUGCGAUGAUCAGUGCUUAUGGGAUGCAUGGAUUUUAUCUUAAGGUUCUUGAAAUGUUUCAGCAAAUGGAAGAUGAAAAAAUUAAACCUGAUGAGUUAACAUUCACUUCUGUGCUUUCUGCCUGCAGUCAUGCUGGCCUUGUUAAGGAGGGUUGGUGUAUUUUUCAGUCAAUGAUUUCACUGUAUUCAGUUCAUCCACAAGAAGAGCACUAUGGUUGCAUAGUUGACUUAUUGGGUCGGGCAGGACAUUUAGAAGAAGGAUACAAAUUUAUAAAGCUAUUGUCGUUGACUGAUAAAUCAAGCAUGUAUUGUGCUCUCCUCUCUGCUUGCAGAACAUAUGGAAAUACACUGCUUGGGCAUAUUAUAAGCAAAGAGCUCCUUGAGCACGGACCACAGGACCCAGGUACUUAUGCUUUGAUUUCAGAAGUGUAUGCACAGGAAGGACAGUGGAAUGAAUCUGCUAAUUUAAGGGCUAGCGCUAACGGAAGUGAUUCGAAGAAACUUCCUGGCUCUAGUUUGAUGGAAUCAGUCUAGGAAGUAGAGAGGGUGUUUUUGAGCCCAAGCACAGAUGCUCCUGCAAUCUGGGCCGCUGGAAAUCGAGUCGAGGUCUGUAGAGGAAGGUGGAGGAAGGUGGAGUUCUUGCUGGAUCCUGUUGACAGGUAAAGUGACGCAUCAAGCUGUGCCGUAGUUCAUUUACCUCCCUAUUCAGGCAUAUCUCUUAUUCUCAGGGAGAUGCAACCAGGUUCCCCUUUCUUGAAGCGAUGGGGGAUAGUGAGACCCCAAUCGAUCCAUGUGAUACAGUCGACGCCAGCGUCGUCGGUGGAGCCGCAGCAGAGCCUUCAUCAGUAGGACUAUUGCAGAUGACGGGAGCGAUCCGCGAACAGCCGGCGAGAUUAGAAGUGGGCUCUGACUGUUGUCGUGGGAACGGCAGAAUCCAGUGUCAAAAUUCCCUGAUUGGACGAAGAGAGUUGGGUCGGUUCCGCCAGACAGGACCCAUUGUCCAAGCAAAGUAGGCACCCUGGAGAAUCUACAGGGGGAUUCGCCGAGAAGAGAAAACACGACAGAAAAUGUCAUCAAACCUGCUCUUGGCACCAGCUUCAACUCCUUGAGCGAGUUUUAUGACUUUUACAAUCUUUAUUCUUGGGAGAAUUAUUUUGGAAUCAGAUACGGGAAAAGCAGGCUGAAUGUCACAGAUGACAAAAUGCAUGCAGAAAGUAGCGUGUGUUUGUGCGGUGAGGAUGUCAACAAGUAUAUGCAACAAAACUGAUCUAGGGGGUAGUUCUCUGAUGGUGCAUUUUGGUACGUUGAUUUUUUCAGGGGAAGCUGAGUGCCUAGAACACACGCUGGACAUACUGUGAUUUUGUUUUCCAGUGAUUUUGUGGACAAGUUAGAAAGAUAAGGGUAUGCGUCCAUGCUGAAAAUAUUCCUGAUGGUUGGUAGUUGGCUGACUUAAAUAUAUGUUCUGUGAACAAGGAUGCUUUUGGAGAUUCAAAUUCAUGUAUGCCAGAACUAACGAUUGAACGGGCUGUGCAGGUUUGGACCUUACAUGUGUCAUCUGCGAUUCAAAAUUCAAAAUUUGAAUGCAUGUACGACCCUAUUUGAAUUCCUGGGAGAGAAACCUGGGUAGGAUAUGAGCUUCGGUGAAGUGUGGCAGAGACAUACUUCCUCCGUCUCAAAAUUCUUGUCUUAUAUUUGUCUAAAUACGGAUGUAUCAAGUCACGUUUUAGUAUUAGAUAUCUAGACAAAUCUAAGACAAGAAUUUUGGGACGGAGGGAGUAGUUAGCAAGUUAGCAUGAUCCAAAGGGAAAUGGACUGUUGUGUUUGUCUAGCUUCUUACUUUUGGAGAUGUACUGGCUUUGCAACCAAGCACCUCUUUACAGUAAUACGAGUAGACCAUCCUCGGUUUGUAUGAACAAUGGUCCGUCAGAGAUAUGAAAUGUAAAUAUGUACUCCCUCCGUCCCGAAAAACAUGUCGUGAGGGCAUUUUUGCAGAAAAGACCUCUAGUUUCUCCCGACCAAACCCGCACUCCUUGUCAUCCUCCUCUGACAGAACCAGCAGCUGCGCUGCUCUCCGCCGCCGGAGCUUCGUUGCUCCCUGCCACCGCAGCUGCCCUUCUCCCCGCCGCUGCAGCUGCCCUGCUCCCCCGCUCUCCCGCCGCAUCUGCCUCCUGCUCCGCCGCCGCAGCUGUCGCUCACCUGCCUCCUCAAGCUCCCCCCUUCCUCAAAAAAAAUCUUUGAUUUCCCAGCUACCGCCGCGCUCUGCUCCGGCUGCGUCGGAACCGCCGUCGGAGAGCCCGGAGGCGCUGGAUCCAGACCACCACCAACAACCUAGAGGCCGGCGAGCCCGACGACGACAGGAGAUGCAGCAGGCUAAACACCGACGAGCCCGGCGACAACGGCAAGCUAAAGGUCGUGGAUUUGGGAGCGUGGAAGACGACGGCGACAGCUCCACGAGCAAUACGGUUGCGGCGGGGUCUUCUUCGUUGUUUCUCUGGUGGAAAACCCGCGCCUGCGACACCGCGGCUGGGCUGUCCAGUGGGUAGCGCCUGCUAACUUGGCAGCAGCGGCGGUGGCUACAAGUUUUCUGCACUUCUGCAAAUCAUCCCCAAGUCCUACAGCCUGGGUCAACCUCCCUUCUCUACUCCAUGUUUACUGAAUUUACUGAAUAUUUGCACUAGUUCUGCUAGUUUAGAGUUGGAGUAUUUUGCACGGUUAACUGAACAGUUUUGCAAGCAUUCGAUCUCUGACAGAACACUAUAUUACGCGCAGAGUAAUUAUGUGAUGUGUACUAGUGCAUCCUUAAUGUUUUGAGGAUUUUGUUUAGUCGAUAAGCAAGUCAACCUGUUUAUUCUGAUAGGCAUUUUGUACAAGGAGUUACUUCAAAGGUGAGGCCAUGAUCUGUGGUGUCUACUGAAGGCGUUUCAGUCAAAAACUUGCUUAAGCAAGAGCAGAUUUACGAGCAAAAAAACUCACUCCAUAUGUCUACUGUCUAGCACUUUGUGCAUGAAAUCUGCAACUUAUUUAUUCUCUUGAACUUACUAAAAUGGUUUUCCCAUCACAGUUUGCCAUGGAAAUUAGCUGAUCUGGCACCAGAUAUGUUGAUGACAGAGCACUGGGCAGCCACUAUCCUGUGUCCUCCUCCCCUGUUAAAUGAUUAUCUGGAAAUCAGCUGGCUUCCUGAAGAGAAGUAAAAGCCUUGUUAACAUUGUUCAGAGCACAAGGAGCAGAGAAGCAACUCUGUACAAUACUGUACCUUCUUCCCCCUGAUGAUAGGAGCUCUGGUGGCAGCACAAGCAGCAGUGCAGAGGAGCAGCAGCAGUAUGGGCAAACGAGCAGCAGCAAAUGAGCAGCAGUAUGGGCAGACGAGCAGCAGCAAACGAACAACAGUAUGGGCAGAGGAGCUCCACCGGCGGCAGGGUAGAAGCAGACGCACGGGCACGCGGGCAGGGGAGAAGGAGCAGCAGGCGCUCGCGCAGGAGAUUGAGGAGCACGCGCGGGAGAUCAAGGAGGAAGCGUGCGAGCUCCUGGUCCACCUGAUCGUUGAGGCAGGUUCCGGCAAUGCCCGUGAGGAAUUGCGGCCGGGAGGAAAUGCGGCGGCGCACGCGCGGGGCUCAAGGAGGAUGCGUGUGAGCUCGAAGAGGAUGCGCGGGAGCUCGAAGAGGACGCACGCGAGCUCAAGGAGGACGUGCCGGGAGGUUCCGACGACGCCCGCAGGUAAUCGCGGCGGGAGGGGAUCGCGGCUGCGCAGGUCUGGGUGGCGGCGGCGCAGCAGGUACUUGGCGACGGCGGCUGCGGCGGAGGUGGAGCAGGUACGUGGCGACGGCGGCGGAGCACUUCCUGCUGUGCGGCGAAUCGCGCAGCUUGGCGGCGCCGGCCCCUGGCGACGACGGAGGAAGAAGACGGGGGCGGAGGGAGUUGUUUCAGAUCGUUUUGAAACUAGGAGGUUUUUUUUGUAAAAUCACUAAUGAACUGCGCCCGCGACAUGUUUUUCGGGGUGGAGGGAGUAAUUCUGCGAACGCCCUUUUUUUAUGUGAGAAGUGCACCAUCUGGUUUUCAAAGCUUUGUGUUUUUUUGAUGAUUUAGGCUUAGCUUCACGCCUUCGUAAUUUAACUAUCGAAGGUGAACUACAAUGGACUAUUUUGAAUAUACUGUGAUUUAAAUUUC